AUGCCACCGGCCGUGGCAGCAGCGUUUCGGCCGCUGCAGACUCAACAUUUUUGUAUGGUCAGCAACGAUGUAAAAACCUGUGUGGAGCUGAAGUCUCCUCAGCUGGAUCGCCGUCUUGAGACUGGUGCUCUUGUGGAAGAGCUGCGCCUCGCGGGCGAGCGCUUGCACUACAAGCUCCUGCGAGGUCAGGGCCCUACGGAAGGAUGGGUGAGCGUCAAGGCAUCCGGCAAGGUCUUGCUCUCGCGCUUGGAAGAGGCUGUCGCGUCCAGCAAUGCAAAGGACGAGAGCUUUGACAAGUGGCAGGUUCUUGGGGUGGAUGCCGACUCGUCCGCAGCAAAGAGCGAGGACGAAGUUCGACGCAUCUCAUCGCAGAAGAUUUUGGCAUCGCUGGGCAAGCCCUACACCGUUUUGGGGUUGCAGCCCGGUGCCAGUAGCGCCGCCAUCAGGCGUGCCUAUCAUAUCCUCGCUCUACUGCACCACCCAGACAAAGGGGGUGACGACGCUGUUUUUAAAGCCAUCGCAACUGCGUACAAGGCCUUGACGGAGGCCAAGACCGAAGAAGGCGGCUGGAGGGAUUUGGAAGGACAGGCUGUAGGGCCCUGGCAGGGACAUGCUCCAACAGCGACCAAGGGAAUCACCUGCAUGCUCUUUGACACGUUUGGGACCCCACCUUGGGAGAGCCGAAGACUCUACACCGGGUCUUGGCAGGAAGGUGUGGUGCGCUGCUGGGAACUUUCAAAAGGAGAGCCCGGCAAGACCAAGCCACCUCCACGCCUGGUGGGCGAGAUAGCCGUGGGCGGCUUCAUCAACGACGUCGCAGCGAUCUCCCCGUUUGGUUUGCUGACAGCGCAGUCAGCCGGGAUGAAGCCGCUGCCCGGUGAGUCGCUGAGGACCUGGAACCUCAAGACGACACCGUUCAGGCCAGUCGCCAGAGCCAAGAUCAACGCCAUCGCCGACGAUCCUGAUGCGAAGUCAAAGGCCAUUACGGCAAGUGAUGCUGGUCGUGAUGGCAAUGGCUCCACCGCAAUUGUCGCAAAGAAAGAAGAGGAGCUGGAUUUUGUAAAGGACGAGGAUGGCGGAUACCUGGAGAAGUCCACCAUGGUCUACCUCCACUAUCGAGGUGUGCGAUGCAUCAGCUUGUGGCCAAAGCCAGAGAACCGCGAGGCAACACCACACGUCGCGGCGACAGUGUCGAAGGAUGUCUUGGCGGUAUCUAAGAUCGGCAUGGAUGGCGUGAGCCUCCAAGUGCCUGCCGUUUGGCAGCAACCCGAUCCCCAUGAAGGUGUCGGAGAUGUGAACGCAAUGCAGCACGAAUCAGUCAACAAAAUCUGGACUGGCGACAAUGGUGGAAAUCUUCGCUGCUGGGAUGUGAACGCCAGCGGCAAGGGCGUCGUCUCCGACUUCAACAGCCAAGCGGCUGGUUGGCUCUCGGGCUUGGCGAUGUGGCCGGAAUCCGGCGUCAUGGUGUGUUCACACUCAAGCGGCAUUGGUUACAUCGACAUUAAAGCCGGCAAAGUCAUCCGGCAGCAGUACACCAAAGAGUCGGUGGGCAAGGUCACGGUGCUGAACUGGACAAGUCCCAUGCUUUUUGCUGGCAUUGGCGGCGAGCUAAUGCAGUACGACACCCGAUGUUUUGCUGACGGGCAGGAUUACAAGCCCAAGGCCGUAGCUUCCUGGACGCUGGGCUCCCCCAUCACCUCGCUGCACUGCACAGAGACUGGGAAGGGGCACCUGUUGGUCGCGGCAGGCUGCAUGAACGGAAAAGUCGCUGCCUUCGAUUCCAGUUAA